GUCCGAGCCCGAGAGCCGGGAAUCCCAGAGGACUGAGACUGAGGAGAGAGGGACGGGUCCGAGCCGUGUCCGGCGGUGCAGACAGGACUCGUGCGGCACAGGGCGCUCAUCUCUCCCUGGUCUGUCCGUCCUGGCCUGUCCCGGGUCAGGCCGAUCGCGGCUCUGAGCAGGUCAUCACCGGUGGAGACUCACUGUCCCCUCCGAACGACCGGACGUGUCAGAACCGGGGGUCCAAUGAGCUGCGGCCAGAACCCAGCCGGCGAGCCCAAACUGGAGGCGGUUAUACAGAGACUGGAGGAGAGCGUCCUGUCUUCUGGAGACGAGAAGUAUUUGACAGUGCGUGGUGAAGCCCAAGACUCCCCACCCACCCGCCUGCCUGCACGUAUCAGAGAGAUUGUGACUAAAAACCUGAGCGAGCCCAGGCCGAGCGCCAUGUCCUCCGUGCUCUCUCUCCAGGACGAGAACCGGCUCUUGCAGACAGAGCUCGCCAGAGUCGAGGACCUGCUGGCUCACAGCCGUGCGGAGCGCGAUGAGUUGGCCAUCAAGUACAGCGCCAUCAGUGAGCGGCUGGAGGCUUGUCUGCGUGCCCGAGGCCUGGCCGCAGUGACCAAUGCUGACCUGGAUCAGGCGAUCAGCUGGCAGGCUGGCACUGAGGGGGAGGAGCCAGGGUCGCGGGGGCAUGCGCUGGAGCAGGCCCUGCGCGUGGAGACGGGCGAGAGGGAGCGCGAUUCGCUGGAGUCGCGCAGCCUGGCGCAGCAGAACACGGAGCUGCGCAGGAGGCUGGAGGAGGAGCAGGCCGCUUACAAGCGCAAGCUGACCGCCUACCAGGAGGGGCAGCAGAGGCAGGCGCAGCUGGUGCAGAAGCUGCAGGCCAAGGUGCUGCAGUAUAAGAAGAAGUGUGGAGAGCUGGAGCAGAGCCUGCUGGAAAAAUCCUCCGAGCUGGAGCAGCACAGACUGACCGAGGGGCUCGAGAUCUCUAGCGGCAGGCUCCGCCCCGAGGAGGAGGAGCCAAGCAACGACCUGGAGAAUGCCCUCAUCCGAUUGGAAGAGGAGCAGCAAAGGAGUGCCAGUCUGGCCCGGGUCAGCGUAGACCUCUCGGAGAUGCGGAACGAGCUGGCGCGGGUGUCGCGCGGUGCGCUGUCGUCGUGCGUCAGCCUGGGCGCCAGCGUGCGAGCCAGCGAGGGCAGCUCGGCCCUGGUGCAGGAGCGGCAGGCCGCGCAGCUGGCGCAGCUGGAGGGGCAGCUGCGGGACAGGGUGCGGGACAUGCUGCAGCUGCAGGCCCGGUGCGACGCAGAGAGGGCGGAGCUCAGCGCCAGGCUGGCGGAGGCCCAGGGCGAGCUGGAGAGGCUCCGGGCUCAGAGCGAGGAGAAGGAGCGAGCCGCUGCCUCCCUGACUCAGAGGCUGGAGGCGCUGGAGCACAGCAGCAGUGCAGAGCAGGAGCUGCAGACUCUGAGAGCACAGACUGAGGCUCUGCAGUUCACGCUGAGGGACAUCGCACAGACUGUGCUGGCAGACAAAGACCCUAGCGUAUCGUCUGAGGCGGAGGGGGAAAAUUUGGGAGGGGGGAGAGGAGCUGUGGUUCGAGGGCGGAGAGGAGGGGAGGAGCAGGAGGAGUGUGGGUGUCAGCUGCUCUGUGCCGCGCAGCUGGAGGAGGCGCGGGGGGCGCUGUCUCUGAGCGAGCAGGGCCGCGACGCGCUGCGGCGGGAGCAGCUGGAGGCGGAGCGCCGGCUGCGCGAGUCCCGCGACGAGGGGGAGGGGCUGCGCCGCGAGGGGGCGGAGCUGCGGCGCUCGCUGGCCGACCUGGCGAAGGAGAGGGACACCCUGAGCACCUCCAACACCCAGCUGAGGGACUCGCUGAGAGCCGCCGAGAGCGACAGGAUCAGUGUGAAGAGGCAGUGUGAGGAGAAGGAGCAGAAGCUGGCCGUGAUGGAGGAGAGCCGCGCAGCGUCUGAGAGGGAGGCCGGCGAGCUGAGGGCCGGCCUGAGGGAGGUGGAGAGGUCCCGGCUGGAGGCACGCAGGGAGCUGCAGGAGCUCCGCAGACAGGUGAGGCAGACAGACAGAGGGCUCCAGCUGCACAGGCGCCCGGCCAGCAGCCUGGGACACAGGAGCGAGGAGGCCUCUGGGCUGGAGCAGCAGGCCAGCUCCUUGUCCUCUGCAGACAUCUGGGGCUGCUGGGGGCUCGUGCUGUGCUGGUUGAUCUGGACGAGGUGGAGUGGGACAGAGAGACUCCAGUCCAUGCUGACAGACUGUGUUUUGCAGGACGAGGUGCAGACUCAGCUGAGCUCAGUCACCAGGCAGCUGGGAGAGAUGGAGGCAGAGAGAGACACGACGCAGAGCCGCCUGACACAGCUGGAGAGAGCACUGAGCCAGAGCGAGGAGGGGAAGCGGGGGGCAGACGGGAGGCUGAGCUCGGCUCAGGCGGCGCUGCAGCUGCAGGAGGAGGCGGUGCGGCGAGGGGAGAAGGAGAGGAGAGCGCUGUCGGAGCGCGUGGGCCAGCUGGAGAGGAGCAUGCAGAGUGCAGAGGCCGAGCGGCGCCUCACACAGGAGCAGAUGAGUAAGCUGAAGGCUGGAGAGGCGAGGCUGGAGGCAGAGAGACGGAGGCUGCGUGAGGCCCUGGAGGCAGCAGAGGCCCGGGGCACCAAGCUGGAGCUGGCGAGGCGCAGCCUGGAGGGGGAGCUGCAGAGGCUGAGGCUGAGCCUGGGGGACAGAGAGAGCGACAUUCAGAGCAGCCAGGACCGGCUGGAGGCGCUGCAGAAGCAGGUGUCGGAGGGCGAGAUGCGCGCCGGCGCUCUGCAGAGGGAGGUGGAGAGGCUGAACCUGGCGCUGGCCAAGGCGCAGGAGAGCGAGGCGGCGCUGAAGGAGAGGGCAGCCAGCCUGGCAGCCGGCCUGGCCGAGGCCACCGCCGCCCACAGCGCCACCCAGGAGCGCCUGGCCGCCCUGCAGAAAGCACUGGCCUCCAGCGAGCAGGACAGGCGCCUCCUACAGGAGCGCGUGGACAGCGCGCGGGCCGCAGCGGCGGAGGGGAAGCGCAGUGUGACGGCCCUCGCUGAGCGCGUGCAGGGCCUGCAGAGCGAGCUGUCGGACAGCGAGCUGAGGAGGGGGGAGCUGGAGGCAGAGCUGUCGUCGGCACAGGAGGCUCUGCGCCAGCGUGUCCAGGCCCUGGAGGAGGCCCAGCGCAGCGUGGAGCGCCUCCAGUCGGAGCGCGCACUGGCCGCCGAGCGCGUGCGCAGCCUGCAGAGGGCGCUGUCCCAGCUGGAGAGCGAGAAGAGGGAGGCGGAGAGGGCGGCUGUGCGGCUGGAGAAGGACAAGAACGCCCUGAGGAGCACGCUGGACAAGGUGGAGCGUCAGAAGAUGCAGUCGGAGGAGGGGAGUCUGCGCCUCUCUGCGGAGAAGGGCAGGCUUGACCGCUCUCUGUCCACGGCAGAACUGGAGCUACAGGACGCUCACCGGCAGAUCACCCUGCUACAGGCCCAGCUGGCGGAGGUGGAGCAGAGCCACGGCGGCCAGGAGGCAGCGAGGCAGCGGGAGGAGGCCCAGCGCGAGGCAGAGAGGCUGAGGGUGGCGCAGAGGGAGGCAGAGCGCACCCUGGAGGCCAGAGAGAGGGCACACCGCCAGAGGGUCCGGGGCCUGGAGGAGCAGGUGUCCACCCUGAAGGAGCAGCUCCAGCAGGAGAUCCGACGGCGCCAACCCCUCUUCUCCAGCACCUCGGUCCUGUCGGGAAACUGAUCCGACGCACACACAGGUUACACUACACUCACACACUUACACAUAUCACAGUUCCUUUGUAACAGUUCUUAAAAAUGUAUAAAAUCACUUAUCAUAGCCUAAUUAAGCUAACGAACCAGUGCAAUUAAGAGUUCAGGCAGGCAGCUGAGACAUCUGCCACAGAACCUGGUCAGGUGCAGAUGGUGUCACUCCACCCCACAGACAGCCUGAUCUUUUUAACCACAUCUGUUUUUAAAUUGUUUGUUUUGUUUUUAGAUCUUGAUUGUUGUCUUAAAAAUCAUGUUUUUAUGGAUCACAUUCUAAUUACAAAGCAAUAACAGACUGAAAAUGUUUUAUUAUUGGAAGUGUGGCGCCUUUCUAAUGGGGGUUAUUAUCAGCGUGUCGGGGAAUCUUUCACUGUGCUAAUCAAACCAGCCCGAUGGGGUUUUAAUAAAGACUGAUCUUGCUGAUCGUAGCGCUGGAGGCUCAGGUCUCUGAGGGGAGGUGGUGGGUGGGCAGGGGGCUUCUCCAGAAGGGUGGCGGAGGUACUGGGGGCGACAGUUCGUCUCUGACCCCCCCAGCUCGCUCCCUGUGAUGUAGCUCCUGUCCUCAUUGUUUUUUGUAUUAAAAUUGUACCUUCGA